CCGCACGGUUUGGGCGGCGUCGAGGGGAGCGUGGCGCACGGACGGGACUCGGGAAGUGGCGCACGGACGGGACUCCGAGCUCAGCGAGUGGCGCGCAGUGCUGAGCGAUGAAUGAAGGUCCCGGUGAUACGUUGGCCGUGCUGGAUGAGUACCUGCGGUCCACGCUCGGCAACAGCCCAAACGUGCGCAUCGCGGUGGACGAGAGCGUGGGCCGCCACCUGGUGGCCACCCGUGACCUGGCCGCGGGCGAGGUGAUCGCGCGCGAGACCCAGGCCGUGGCGGCGCCGCAGAGCCGCCUUCUGUGCGUGUGCUGCAGUCAGCGGUCGGCAGCCGCUGCCAGCUGCGCCUCCUGUGGCUGGCCGGUUUGUGACGCCUGCGCUGACCAGCCGCCGGAGGCGCGUUCGCUGCAUGCCGAGUGCGCCGUGCUGGCGCCGCUGCUGGACUGCCUGCAGGACAACGUGGCCAGCCUGGGCCGCACGGCCUGGCUGGGCAGCUGUUUGCAGAACGUGGUGGAGCCGUUGCAGACCGUCUGCGCGCAGGACGUGGCCGUGCGCACGCUGGUCCACAUCGCCGGCGUGCUCGACACCAACUGCUUCGCCGUCUCGGCAGAGGACGGGCUGAGCGGGCGCGCGCUCUACCCGCUCCUCUGCCUGAUGGCGCACGACUGCAGCCCUAACACGAACCGCUUCUACGACGCCGGCGUGAUGACGCUGGUGGCAACGCAGCCGGUGCCGGCGGGCGCACGCGUCACCACCUCCUACACCUCGCUGCUUUGGGGCGGUGAGGCACGCCGCGCCCACUUGGCUGCCACCAAGUUCUUCCUCUGCACCUGCCGCCGCUGCCAGGACCCGAGCGAGUUCGGCACGGACGUGACGGCACUGGCUUGCCGUGGUGGCGAGGGCGCGACCGGGGGCUCGUGCGGCGGCCGCCGUGUCUGCCGCCGCCACGGCGAGGACCUCUGCUGGCGAUGCACCCGCUGCGAGAAGAGCAUGACGGCCGCCGAGGUGCACACGCUGCACCAGGUGUUGGCGCUGACGCUGGGCAGGACGCUGGCGCUGCGGGACGCGGCCAAAGCCGAGGCCUGGCUGGAGGCGCACCAGGGCGUGCUCUCAGAGAAUCACUACUUCCUGUUGGAGGUGCGGCUGGCGCUGGUUGACCUGUAUGCCGCCGACAAGGAAGACGCCGCCGGGGGGAGCCAGAGGAAGAGGCGAGAGCUGAGCCAGAGCCUGCUGGAGGUGACCUCCAGGCUGGAGCCGGGGCCGACACGGCUCAGAGGCCGACUGCUCUGUCAUCUGGCGGAGAGCGCGCUGAUGUCAGACGGCGACCACCAGGGGUCGUACGAAUCAAUCAAGAAAAUGGCUGAGGAAGCUGCAGAGAUUCUUCAGUACGACGGAAUACUACGCCCGAUGGCCAACAGGGUGUCUCAUAUGGCCCGGGACAGAGCGAGCGCGGUGUAGUCCCGGAUCAGAAAGAACAUUUUUCAUAAAAAAGACUUCCAUUCGGUCAGCUGCCGGGGAUCUCAGCCAGCCUGCAGCUUUUGUCGCUGGCUGCAUGCACAAACCACGACUUUUCAAACCAUGGUCAGUUUGUUGACCUAGGCAGCGACAGGUUGUCGUCGCUGUUCUCUGGCAGGUCUAGUGAAGACAGCAGCGCCACCUGGAUACAGAAGCCGGCGAUAGCAGCGUCACCUGGACGGAAGGGCCGGCGACCCCACUGUCGUCACCUGGGCGACAGCUGUGCUGUCAGUCGGCGAACCCCUUCUGGCGUUGGCACAGCGCUCUCAGUCACUGCACCCAAUCGGGUCACGACCUCAGCCUGAGCCUGUCAUAAUCGAGCACAUCGGACAUGAAACCUUACAAAAUAUGCGUGGUUGCUGUGGAGUGUAAACAAACGCCCGCCAGAAAUUAGUGGGCAGUACGCGUCACUUAUUUGGGCGCACGCUAAGAAAUGCAAGGCGUGCGGCCUUCGGGUAGGUUGACGUCGAGAUAGCGCCUAAGAACUGCCGGCAACAAGCUUUUCAGUUUAAGAGUCUUCUCCCCUUUUCACGAGCUACCCUUCCUCUAUGACGCCCUGGUGUAUAUGUAUAUAUCCAGUUCACCCUCCACAAGUCCUUUUAAUCUCCACAAGCCUGUCGCGUUCUCUGCGUCAGCGCGGCGGCGCAGGACGUGUGAUGCACACGCGCCAGACACAGGGUCGCGAGUCCCCCGCCAUGUACACGGACCGGUCUUGUCGCAGGGACCCAAGCUUUCUCACUGCCCGUUCGCUGUGCCUACUUGCCCCCGUCUCAGCCGCUAUUGAAGCGCGGGGAGGGGUCCCGUGGCAGUCGGUCGCUGCUGUGAGUGCGAGUGAUUUGCGGUGCUUUUCUCAGUGCCCGGUAGGGAACGGGGUGCUCGCUGCUGUGGCCAGUGUGUCUGAUGCCAAGAGGAACUUUGGCAUCUAUUUGGAGCUGAAAAUAAAUUAU